CUUUAAUUUUCACUUUAGUGCGACACAUUGUCCGUUAUCUAAAUAAAUUUUAAAAAAUUCCCAUCAUUGGAGUUCCUCCAGUAGAGGGCGCUCAUGCAACCGAAGUAAUGACACUCAUCCGAGUCUAGGAGAAGAGAAGUGAGCGAGGAAAAUUAACAUAGUCUAAACAUGAGAAGUGGAACACAGCCGUUCAUUCUGCUCUAAAUCUGCUGUUUUAGACUGUGACUGUGAGAGAAGCAAUCAGGAGGAAUUACUCCAGGAGAAACUACUGACAUACUAUUGUAAAGAUGGAGUUUAAGGAAGAAACCUGCAGAAUAAAAGAUGAAGAUACAGAAGAACUAAUAGACCCAGUAGAAGUAAAUGAUGUCAAACACCAUCAUUUCACUAAUGAAGAUGGAAAACUGACAUAUAAAAAUGAAGACAAACAUCUGUUUCAAAAACCUCUUCAUUUCAAAAGUGAAGAUGGAAAUGCAGACCGUUCAAAGACUGAAGAGAAUUUCACACAAAAACAAGCUGGAAAAUCUGGAGUCGAAGGAUCUUUCACCUGCUCUGAGUGUGGAAAGAGUUUCACACAGAAAUCAAACCUGAAGAUACACAUGAGAGUUCACACUGGAGAAAGACCGUUCACAUGCACUCAGUGUGGAAAGAGUUUCCUACGUAAAAGACACCUAAAUGACCACAUGAAAAUUCACACUGGAGAAAAAACAUUCACAUGCUUUGACUGUGGAAAGAGUUUCUUACAUAAAAGACACCUAAAUGAUCACAUGAGAAUUCACACUGAAGAAAAACCGUUCACCUGCUCUGAGUGUGGAAAGAGUUUCAGGUACAAAAGCGUUCUCAAAAAUCAUCUGAGCUCUCACUCUGGAGUGAGAUCAUUUAGCUGUGAUCAGUGUGAUAAAACAUUUGUUUUGGCAUCAAAAUUAAGAACACACCUUAAAAUUCAUACUGGUUUGAAGCUUCACUUUUGUUCUUUAUGUGGGAAGGGUUUUACAGAACUGCACAAUUUAAAAAAGCAUGAGAAUAUUCAUACUGGUGUGAGACCUCAUGUGUGCUCUGACUGUGGGAAGAGCUACCAUACAUCCAGUGCAUUAAAAUCGCACCAGAGAAUUCAUACUGGAGAGAAACCAUACAAGUGCUCACACUGUGAAAAGAGUUUCUCUCUCUCAAAAUGUUUGAAAGAUCAUGAGAGAAUUCAUACUGGAGAGAGACCGUACAAGUGCUCGCACUGUGAAAAGAGUUUCUCUCUCUCAAAAUGCUUGAAAGUUCACGAGAGAAUUCAUACUGGAGAGAGACCGUACAAGUGCUCACACUGUGGAAUGAGCUUUGCUUGGACAGGAAACCUGAGAGAUCAUGAGAGAGUUCAUACUGGAGAGAAGCCGCACCAGUGCUCUUCAUGUGGGAAGAGUUUCAGCCAAUUAUCUAAUCUUCAGACUCAUAAGAAAAAACAUUGCAUAAAGGUGUCUAUUGAGCAAAGUUAAUGUUCAGAGCCAUCAGUCGUAAAUAAUUAUCUUACAAGUAAAACAUUUGACAUUCAUAUUAAGCAAAAGCUUGGAUAAUUGGCUAAAACAUUAUUAGUAAAGUUUGAUUACGGUAAAUGUUUGAAACGUACAUGACUAAAACCACUUAUGGAUGUAAUAAAAUGAUGCAUGGAAAAGAAACUGUAAGCAGUCUUAGUAGUGAGUUUGAUUCAGACAUUGAUAGUUUGUGUUGUUAAUUACAUGAUGGAGUGAACAGUUUAGCACUGCUGCAGUUCAUUUUACAGUUUCCUGCAUUAUUUUGAUUAUUAGAGAUGAAAAUUGAUUAUUUGUCAACUUCAAAUGAGGUUUUAGUAAUUUUGAACAGUAUGAGUGAGUUUAAUUCGUUGAUUGAUUGAUCGUUAAUCUGGUUAAUGAUUUAAUGCAUUGAGCACUGCUGUCAUUUAUCACAACACUCUCCAACAGCACUACUUUUAAUUCUUUUAAGUCUAAUUCUUGUGAUUGCAUUUCCUAAAGAUAUGGCCUGACUCUGUCCCACGUGCAUCUUUGUGGCUCUUUGAUCGCUGUCUUCAUCUUACAACAGGCAGAAAUAUGGGCUGCAAAAAGAUGACCUAAUGAAGCAGAGCGGGAUUUACAAGCCUGCUUUGACUGCACUGACUGGAGUGUUUUUGAAGCUGCUGCCAAUGAUCUGGUUGAGCUUACAGAGACUGUAACAUCAUACAUCAGUUUCUGUGAGGAUAUAUGCAUUCCUACCAGACAUCCUUUUCAUUCACUAAUGAUAACCAUGGUUUACUGGGAAACUCAAGCAGCGUCGUCACACAAAGAGGAUGCUUGCAGAAGUGGGGAUAAAAUCUUGUAUAACCAGAAACAGACUAACAAAGGAGAUCAGAGUGUAUAAAGAACAAAAACAAUGUUUUUUAGCCAUCUAUCCAGCGAAUCCAAGAACAUUGAUGUGAAUUUUGUUAGUUAAAAUGAGAAUUUAUUUAGAUAGGAUUUAACACUACUUGCUUACAUUUGUUUUGUAUAUAUUGUUUGAUGAAAAAUAAAACCAAAAGCUGA